GCACGAGGUGCAAUCGGGUGCAAGGCAGCUCGAAAGCGUGCCUGUUGUGAUUGAAAACAGUCUGUUCGAGUGCCCAAAAUUCAUUAAAAAUCCGCCUCAGCAUCCCGUAAUCGUUCUCCGAUACCGUGAAGCGAAGGCAGGCUGUAAUGGGUCGGCGAAAGAAGGGCGCCAGCAAUCCGUCGGACGAGAAGCGGGUGCAGCCCGUACCGGACAACCGGCCGACGGUGGUCGGCGGGCGAGAGACGGAACGGCAGGAGGAGGUGGACGAUCCGUACACGAUACCGUUACAUUCCCGGCAGGCCGCCUUUGCGAUCCUGUGGCUGCUUGUGUACAGCUUUGCCAUGUUCACGCUGCCGUUCGGUGCGUUCUACGGCACGAGACACGUGUUGGCGGAUCGCUUCCAGAUCGAAGGUUUCCACAACACGUGCGGCUCGGUGCUGGCCGCAGUACUGACGGUGAACAUUAUUAUCAUGCUUUACGCAUUCCGUGGCUUUCGCGAGGUGGAAGAGGAGGACCGUGAGCGUGCGAACCGGAAACACCGCUAGUGUCCGGGCCCGUUCCGAUUGUCAGCAGAUUGUAGCAGAACCCGUGUGUGCGCGCGCUUGGUCGACGUCGAUAGUAUUAUGCUAGGAAACUAAUAAACACAUGCCUAGGGCUUCUCCCACCAACA